UACGCAUGCGCAGACGUCUUGGCAACCUAUAACAAAUAUGGAAGAAUGUGGAUGCUGACCAUCCCUACUCAACUUACGAUCUAAGAAGCUGUCAUCAUGAGCGGUCGUGCAAACAAUCGAAAUAAAAAAGUGAAGGUGUGGGCCCGUAUCAGACCCAGUUCUAACUUUGCACAUGAUAAUUUAGAGCUUCUUCCAGAUAAAAAAAGCAUCAACCUUCAUUUGAAGAGAGAUCCAAAGAAAGGGAUAGUUAACAACCAGAUUCUGGACUGGUCCUUUAAGUUAGAUGGAAUUUUUCACAAUGCUACUCAAGAACAUGUCUUCUCCACAGUGGCAUCAAAUCUUGUUACUUCAGCAAUAGAUGGCUACAAUGGGACACUUAUGUGCUAUGGACAGACAGGAGCAGGCAAAACUUUCACCAUUACUGGUGCAACUGAAAAUUUUCGUCACAGGGGUUUGAUUCCUCGGGCAUUAUCUCAACUUUUUAAAGAGAUUGAGGAGCGCCUUGAGUUUAGCAUCAUAGUCCGGAUUUCCUAUAUGGAAAUAUACAAUGAAGUCAUGUAUGAUUUGCUGGCCUCUCUGCCAGAUGUAGAGAAUCCAUCAGGUAAGGAGACAAUGGUGCUCACCGAAAACCAAGAUGGUGUGUAUGUAAAGGGCCUGUCAUGUCAUCUGGCACAGAAUGAAGAGGAGGCAUUGAAUCUCCUCUUUGAGGGAGAAACUAAUCGAACCAUUGCUGCUCAUGUUCUAAACAGAAUGUCUUCUCGGUCCCACUGCCUAUUCACGGUAUAUUUAGAGUCCAGGUCAAGAGUACAUUCCAAUGCAAAGUAUACUGUGUCUAAACUCCAUUUUGUGGAUCUUGCUGGCUCUGAAAGAAUAGGCAAAACAAAGUCUGAGGGCAAGAUGCAGACAGAAGCAUUGUAUAUCAACAAGUCACUGACAUUCCUGGAGCAAGUGGUCAUUGCACUAGCUGAUCGUAAACGAGAGCACAUUCCAUUCCGCCAGUCUAAGCUGACCCACUACCUCAAAGAUUCCAUUGGAGGCAGAUGUAACACAGUUCUUAUCACUAAUAUCUGGAGUGAACGAGCACAACUUGAAGAAACAGUGUCUUCUUUGCGUUUUGCAACUCGCAUGAUGUGUGUUGCUAGUGAACCUGCAGUCAAUGAAGUCUGUGAUCCAGCAGCAUGUCCAUUUUGUGCUGAGACUCAUUGGAAAGUGAUUUUGGUGAAAACCCUUCACCAGGAGAUCGAGCAUUUGAAGUCUGAGCUAGCUAUGCAUGAUACUUUGGCCAACAGAAGCUCUGUGAACUAUGAUCCAUUAUCUGAGCAACAAAAGUAUGAGAUUCGGCAGCAGUGUCGCAGGUACCUGGAGGGUACUCUGGAUGAAAUUGAUAUUGUCAACCUGCGACAAAUCCAAGGCACUUUUGAAGCAUUUCGGGAAAUUUACCACCAGAUAGAAAAUGAUGUUGAGGACAAACUUCGACAGAAAUUCACACUUUCUGACAGAGCUGAUGUUGCUGCUAUGGGUGGUGCACAGCAGGCUCACAUGUCCACAGCGGAUGAACCAAAUAUGGUGGGCGAGACUGAUGGGACAGGAUUUGGUGUUGGCUCUGCACCCAAGUCUGCCAAGGCUGAGCCAUCUGCUGUGGUGCAGCUAAAAAAGAAGGAAAGAGAACGGGAAAAGAAGAGGGCAGCCAGAGGCGGAAGUCCUGUGGGAGUCAAAGUUACUUCUAGCCCAACACAGAGUGCAAAGGGUGAACAGGAUUCCAAGUCACCCCUUACAUCUGUUGAUCGUGAUAAAGAAGAAGGUCCAACAUCCCCAGUUAGCUCAGCAGGUGGUGCCCAGAGGCCAGACAAAUCUCUGCAUCCACAUGCUAGCAACACCAGUUCAGACUUCCCUGAAAUUGGAGGUAAAUGGAAGGCAGAGAAAGGGAUCAGAAGCCACUCAGAAAUGACAGAAGAAGCUGAUGAUGAAGGCAUAUCAGCCUUUUUAACUGGCCAAGACUUACUUGUUGACAGUGAACUACAAAGCAGUCCACCAAGCAGAACCGCUGCCUUUGAAGAAUUUAAGCAAGAGAAAGGCAGUGAGAUCAAUAGGAUAUUAAUAGAGAACAAAGAAAUUCUGGCAAGCAAGAAAAAGGCCUAUUCUGACCUGGCCAAGAAGAUAAACAAUAUUAAACUGGACAUUGACAACACACGCCAAACGCUAGAAAGAUUUAGGGCAGAAAGAGAUACAGAAGGUCCAGUGUUCAACAAUGAUGGUGACAUUGUCAUCAGCGAGGAAGAGUUUAUGGAAGUCCAAAGACUAAAAGACCUAAAGAAAACCUAUCAGAUUGAUUAUGAAGAACUCAAGACUCUCAAAACACAAGUACAGUACUGCCAGAAGUUAGUAGACCAGUGUCGUCAGAAACUCCUUAAUGAAUUUGACAAGUGGUAUGCUGAGAGCUUCCUAAACCUUCCUGGAGAGGAGGUUCAAACAAGUGUUCAAGCAGGCUAUGGUCCGCGACUGGGGGCAUUCCUCCCAAUCAUUCCCAGUGCCAUGCUAGAAGAUGAAGAGGAGAAGUUUGACCGCUUACAUAAUGCAUUGCUGAUGAACAAUCCUGACUCUGUAUCAUUCUUUAAUGCCAAAAUGAGAACUGAGCGAAGAAAAAUCUAUCAAGCAGCUAUGUCCCAGGCUCAGCCCAGCUACGCACAUCACAAGUCAGGCACCCCCACAACGAACGUACACAAAAAGCUCCCAAACAUGCUUCAAGUUCAUUAUUAGGGCAUCAAAAAUCACAUUUGUGUUUUGCUUUAAGGCUCUGCAGUCGUCACCACAAAACAUUUUAAUCCUGUGAUACAAAAUUUAACUUAAGCUUUAGUGUGAUUUAAAGGAGCCUUUAACUGUGAGAACAAUGAACUGAAACAAAUGGAAAAGCAGAGUUUAAGACUUAAUGCCAUACUGUAUUUCCAACACCUAAUAGUAAUUUUAAAAUAUAAACAUUUUUAUCUCUUAAGAAAGGAAAUUAUGGUAGCUGUUGUUUUGUACUCUGCCCUGAGAAUGAAGUGGACUUUCAGGCUGGUGUGCUUCUGAUCUUGUUUCAUUCCUUUUUUGUUUUUUUUAUGUUUUUCUUGUUUUAUGCUUUUUUUGUUGCAUGCUGUUUUAUAUGCAAAAGCACACAUAAUGCUCAUUCAUAUGAAGGUAUCAAACUAUAAAUUUUCAAAUGUAAUUGUGGGUGUAAAGUCAUGGCUUUGCCUUAAAGUUUAAGUAGCAACAGAGCAGAUGGAAAAGCUAAAAAUGUUAAAGGAAGAAAUAUUUCUCCCAUACCUGCAUCACAUUUCAACAUGACAAAAGCUUGAGAAAUGUAGCAUGUUGUUCAAAUACAGUAAAGAUUGUGUAAAUAUAUUAACCAUUACACUCUUUAAGUAUAUGUCAUGGGGUGACAUCCAGAGCAAAAUUAAGAGAUAUAAGUUUUAAGGGAUGAAUAAUUUUUGUCCAUGCUGUAUCACAUUUUAAUAUGACCAAAGCAUAAGACAGGUAACUUGUUUGUCACACCCUGGAAAGAACGUUUAAAUAUAUUAAAAUGCUUAAAAUAUGUUUAAAACACACACAUAUAUAUAUAAUAUAUUCUUUCAUUAUGCAUCAUGGUGUGGUAUUCAUUCUUCCUUCUACAUGUCUUUGCCAGUAUUAUUCUUUCUAUAAACAAAAUGCCUUGCUCAUGGAUACGUCUUCGAUCUGUAUUAUAGUGACUAUAAAUUUGCCAAGAUUUAAAAAAAUAAUAAAAUUGAUGAAACACUU